UGUCUCGUCCGGGGCUGUGCUUCGACGCAGCCUCGUCACAUAUACUUGAGAUUGGAAUCGAGAACGGAUCUAUGGAACGAAAUUUAACCUCACGAACGUUCUUCCCUUCUUUGUCCCCAAGGACGGCAAGGUCGGCGAGAAAAACUGCUCCACGCACGAAUGCUAGGUAUUUUGGUCUUGGGAAAGUGCGCCGUCUUAUGGUCAGAGCCCUGGGAUCUAAAACUGACCAUGGCAAUGACGUGAAGGGGGAAGGUAUCGAUUCAGUCUCGCUCGGUGCACUUGCUGACAUCGGCGUCAACCUCCAUCAGCUUACAAGGGAAGUUGACACGAACAACAAAAGCAGUGAGACAAUGUCACUUUGCAAAGAAUUUUCGAUUGCCGGAUAUGUGCAUGUCUUGAAUGGGCGCGGUGGCCUCCCGAAGGUCACACUUUCUCAUCCUAGUGGAAGUUGCCUUGAUAUCUAUCUUCUUGGUGCCAACAUUUUGUCCUGGACGCUACCUAGUGGUGGUGAGGUUUUCUACACGCCUGAUGGCAUAGUAUUUUCGGAGGAGAAUCCAAUCGACUGGGGAACUAUUUUUUGUUUUCCUCAGUUCGGCGAAGGUGAAGACCGUGGUACCCUAACAGACAAAUUCCCCUUGCCGUUUGACGGAUUUGCAAAAAGCUUGAGUUGGACAAUAACUCAAACUGGCCUCCAUGAAGACAAGCACGGUACGUGUCCUUAUGUAAUCAUCGAAUUGCAUGAUUCUGAAGCAACACGUGCGGUCUGGAACCAUAGUUUCCACCUAACAAUGGAAAUAACUUUGGAACAUGCUGCUCUGAAUGUGUCAUUAAGUGUAAAGAACACCAGUAGCAAUGAUGUCCUUGAGUGUUCUGCCGCCUUCAAGUCUCAUGUCGCUGUCAUGGAUGUUGAAGAUUUGUCAACAAACUAUAUUGGCUUUGAUGAUUGUAUUUUUCUCGACAAUACACUUCACCCAACAAAACCGCGAGUCCGUUUCACUGGUGACGAGAGGAAACACGGUUGUUUGAAACUUACUGGGCCCACUGACCGUGUGUACCUCAACACAAAAAAUGAUACUGGAAUUGAGAUUGGUUCUGGUUGUACAGUUCUUCUGCGCAAUACUUGUCACCUGGGCACAAGCGAAUUCAACGACCGUGCCAUCUUUAACCCUUGGAAUGAAUCAGAUCCAAAGAACUACCGCUGGUACUCUGGGCUCGCUAUUGGAGCAAUUGGUAGACUUCUAAGAAUAGAUCCAGAUGAUACGCACUCGAGCAGUAUUCGACUCGAGGUGAAAGAUAACUCACAACAGAUUAUUUCAACUCUUGAAGAAUCGGAUCAGAAACUUGCUUCGGAUCCCAAUUCCAGUUGGCCAAAGUUCAAUGUCCCUGCAGAAACUUUACCCAGAGAUCUUCAGUGACAAGAUACGAAAGUUUUCAAUGCUUGUAGUUUUUCUGCCUUCGCCUGGAUAUGAUCCGGAUUUAUAUAAACAUUCUCUCUGUGAGACAAAUGUGUCAUGAACAUGAUUUAUUUUUUAGUGUUCGCUUUCCGAUUGAAUUUAAAGUUGCAAUCAAAUUUAUUGUUAAGUUUGUUGAGGAUUCAAAGUGAAAGUAUUUUCUUGAAAGGAUAGUGAAUUGCCCUACCCCACCGUGCUCUCAACUGCCCACAUUCGAUCGGUCGAUAUAACGCGCUGCCACGCGUGCGCAUCAUCACGCCUCUGCGUGCAGGCGCAGUUAGCGAUCAUACUGCUACACGGCGGCAACAGCAUUGCCAGCAGUUCUCACCACUCGUCGUGUUUGUGUUGAGUUGCGGACAGUCUCCUUCAAUUUUCGAUCGAUUAAACGACGAUCAAUGAACAAUCGAAGUUUAUCGCCUUUCAAGUUUCAGGAAAAGAAAUACGAGGAGAGUGUCUUGAAUUAAAAAUGGUCUAAACCGUUGAUACU